UGAAAAAUGAUAAUCGAUCAAGAAAUACAAAUGAAUUUUUGCUCAGUUUCGUCGCGAUUUCUCUGAUAACGCGUUACGCGAUUAGUCGAGGAAGCGGAGCGAGAAUCGGGACAGUGGUUCGGUAGUUCACGGUCGAAAGAAGAAACGAGGAUGGAAGGCUCGUGUUCCAAAGUCGCCGGUGGGUUUAUCCUACCCUACCUCUGGACUUGGUCCGCGCCGCUUACGAGGGACAGAGAGAGAGAGAAAGAGAGAGAGAGAGAGAGAGAAAGAGGGACAGGUACUAGAGGGGGUCGAACAGCGGCGAAUUCUUGCAGUCUAGUCGAAGACCGUGAUGCCGAUGCCACCGAGACGAACUUAACGGUUCUCCAGUACUAAACGUGUCUUCGUGGUUCACGCGCGUAUUUCUCAUCGGUCCCGAAGGACUCAGAAGAUUCGUUCGCGUGAUCUACGCGCGUACCGGUUCCGUGGAAACAGUUCGAUAAUCGGGUUAAUUCAAAACGCUGCCUCGGUCUCGAGAGGAAGUUGACAACAGGUGGCCCGGGCGGAUUCCACGCGGCGCGUUACGAACUCGACUCUGCUUCUCGUUUCUCAUCGGGGCUUUUUAUUAAGGUGAUCGAAACUGUGUCGGAAACAGAUCUCAGGCUGGCCCGAACGCGUCAUGGGCCGGAAUUGGCUGUGAACCAAUGCUGACAAAUAUGUAUAUAAAUCCGGUGCUCCUGCUUCUCGUAAGCGUAAUCGCUGUAUCUAACGUGGCAGCAACGUCCAGUUGCCCAUGGGCGCAACACGUGGCCGAGCUCGAGAGCUCCUGCAUCUGCGAUUACAAUUUGGCCAGGGAAUUGUCCGUACAAUGCGAUAUCGUCGACUACGAGCAGCUACUGGCCGCGGUGCGACGACACGCGUCCAAACUCACGAUGGACCUGUUCUACGUGAACAACAGCACCGUGGGAGUCCUAAAGAACGGCUCCUUCGCGUCUGUUAAAAUCAAUAACAUGCAACUGUCCGGAUGUCGGAUCAAAACGAUCGAACCGGAAGCGUUUAAAGGGCAAGAGAAUUCUCUGAAGAGCCUGAACCUGAAGGAUAACGAGCUGACGGAAGUGCCCACUACGGUCCUCAAGACGCUGAGGAAUCUCACCGUACUGGAUUUGUCUGUGAACAAGAUAACGAGGGUGAACGACAACGCUUUCGCAGGGCUGAAGUUGGUGACUCUGAAACUCUCUGACAACGAGGUGACCUUGGCCUCUGGAUCGUUCCAAGGGUUGGAGAGAUCGUUGAAGAAUUUGAACUUGAAAGGUACCAAACAGAAGAAGGUACCGGAAGCGCUUCGCGGUCUGAAGACGUUAGCCUUUCUCGAUUUAUCCCAGAACAGUAUUAGAGAAUUGCCCGGGUCCGCGGCUACGAAGGCAUUCGAGGGGCUCGAGUCACUGACUGGAUUAAAUCUCGAGCGCAAUUUAAUUCAGAACAUUGGAUCGGACGCUUUUUAUGGAAUUAAGAACACGUUGAGCUCGUUAAGUUUGUUAAACAAUCUCAUUCCGGAUUUUCCUACGGCUGCCAUCAACAGCGUUCAAGAUCUUAGGGUACUGGAUAUCGGAUUCAAUUUGAUCACGGAGUUACCGGUAAACGCUUUUGAAAAGAACCCGUCGAUAACUCUGCUGGCGAUCGACGGGAAUCCAUUGUCGACUGUCCCGGAGGAAGCCUUGGCUCGACUCAACGGGACGCUGCGAGGUCUGAGUUUAGGAGGCCGAUUCCUCGUCUGCGACUGCAGACUCCGGUGGAUCGUCGAUUGGAUAAAAACUAGAGACUUGCAAGUCACCAGUCGAGAACGCAAGCCGCAAUUCUGCGGGAGCCCACAGAAAUUGCAAGAGAAGAGUUUUUACAACAUCGACCCCGAAGAAAUGUCCUGUGAGAGGACACCGGAAAUAAUUGGAAUCGGAACGGUGGAAAGCGUCGAUACCAGAGAACCUACGGGCACCGCCGUGGCUAGCAGUUACAGUCCAACAACCAAAUCUGCGAGCACCACGACUGUGACCGCAACGACGACCAUGUCGAGCACGACGUUCGCGUCUUCCACGACGGAACUUCAAAAAACCGAGCCACCAGUUUCCACUACGACGAGGACGAUCGCUAACAGACCGACCGCGGCACGAACGGGAAACGUAGUGAUAAUGAGAACCACGUUGACCCCGCCUAAGCACACUCAGGAGCAUUUGCAGCAGCAUCAACCGAGACCACCGUUGGUGCUCGGCUCGCCUCUUUACAAAUCGAAAUCCAGCGACAAGGAAAUCGUAGUGAAGGACGUUUUGAGACAGGACAAUGCCGUGAUCAUAUACUGGGACACGGAGACGACUAAUAUUUUAGGCUUCAAAGUGAUCUACAGAUUGUUCGGAGACAGCAGUUUCAAACAAGCGCCGCCUCUCGAAGCCAGCGAACGGGAGUUCAAAAUUAAGAACGUUCCUUCGCAGGAAUGUAUCGUGGUGUGCGUAGUUUCAUUGGAAGAAACGAAUAUUACUCCGGCGAACGUACCUUACAACCAGUGCAAAGAAGUGAGGACGGAGAAUUCGCCUACGUCCAACAUGGACAAGAUCACUAUAGCUGCCAGCGCAGCGAUCUGUGCGACGAUCGUCGUCGCGGUAAUAAUAUUCAUCGUAGCGAAUCGACGAAGAGCCAGGAAGCUCCACACGCUUCACAGUAUAGAUCAAACGAAAAUGGGGGGACCGAUCAGUGGACUACCCGUUAAUUGCUGCUCUAACGUUGGCCCGACGCCCAGCCCCGGUGGACCCCUGUCAUCGAUGGCUACUCUCAGUGCUUAUAACGCUCAGAAGGAGUGGGACCAAGUGUCUGCGUAUAGCAACAGAAGCAUACCGAGACCGAGAAUAUUUCCCAUAGAUAGGCAAGGUUCGAUAACUAGAGCCUCCUGCAUCGACGAUGUCAGGUCUCAAGCGGGACAGCACUACAAUGGAAAAGUGUCGACUCGAUCCGUAGUUGACCAACAAUCCCAACAUAGUUUUUCUAACACGUCGACGAGAUACUUCGGGAACAACACCCUGUCUUCGAAUCUUGCCAACACGAGAUCAGAGCUGAGACAAUCUCGACAGUCUCUGGCGGCGGCUUCCGAUAGAAUGUCGCGGGCGAAUUUCUCGCCAAGUCAUUUGCCGCCGCACUCUUCGUCGAGGAGGCAGAGACCGAGAUCGUGCAACCGCACGUUGGAGCAAAACCCGCCGCGACCAGGCAGUCGGUACAGCAUAGCCGACUCGACGCACACUCUGAACAAUUACGAGGAGAACAAUUGGACCGACCACGAUAUGGACAUAUACAUGGCGCGUAACCCGACGACGAGAACCAGUGGUCUCAUGCCCCUUUGAUUUUUUGUACACUGUACGUGUGUACAGGUUUUGCUCAAACGUGUUCAGUGACUUUAUCUCGUCCACGUAGAUAUACAUAUAUCAUGUAUAAUAAUAUGAUAUUUUAGAUAACGCCCACGUUAUUACAGAUAUUACCGUGUAAUGGACGUAAUAACGUGACAGCGCGAAGGAGAACGUUAAUAGGUACAGCUUUAAGGUAAUAGUGUCUAAAGUUGCACGUUUAUAUAUAAACCUGUACUGUGUGCGCUCUCGAAUUCUAAUCGAGACGCGCGAUCUCUCGAAACAAUCAUAGCAAUAAGUAAACGAGUCAAGAUUAUCGUGUAUGAAUGGUGGAUGUGUUUUUAUCCAAAGACUGUAUCAUAAACAAGCGUCUAUCAAAAUUCGAUUGUCGACACGUGUUCUCGGAGAAAUGUACUGACGUUAUAAGACCUGGCAACAAGCUUUGCCAAUAUUAUAACAUCGCGUUGUAUAAAACUUUUUCACAUAAAGAUUCACGUAUGUUAUUUUUUACCGUGUAAUCGAAUUGAAAUAAAGCAGCAGUACUUACCCA